AUGUACAGGAACUUAAUAAUUGCUACUGCCCUUACUUGCGGUGCAUACAGUGCCUACGUGCCUUCCGAACCAUGGAGCACACUGACACCUGAUGCUAGCCUUGAAAGUGCCCUCAAAGAUUACUCACAAACUUUUGGAAUAGCUAUUAAGUCCUUAGAUGCCGACAAGAUUAAGAGAGAGGCUGUUUCCCAGAUUGGAGAUGGACAGAUUCAGGCGGCUACAAUCACCUCAUCUGAACCGAAAGUAACUGCCCAAGUAGUUUCCCAAAUAGGGGACGGCCAAAUUCAAGCCACGACCUCCACUUCAUCAAAAUCGAAAGAAACCGCUCAAGUUGUUUCCCAAAUAGGUGACGAAACCGCUCAAGUUGUUUCCCAAAUAGGUGACGGUCAAAUUCAAGCUACGACCUCCACUUCAUCGGAAGUAAAACAAACUACAGGAGUUGUCUCCCAAAUAGGAGAUGGCCAGAUCCAAGCCACUACAGCCACUACAUCUGUCGCUUCUCAGAUUGGAGACGGCCAAGUGCAGGAGUCAAAACCAACGGACACAUCAGAGGAUAAAGGGACUUCUGAUUUAGUGUCUUGCCUUACUGAUUCUUCUCUUGCUUUGGUUCUUGAAAAGGGUGUGCUGACAGACGCUCAGGGUAGAAUUGGUGCGAUUGUGGCCAAUAGGCAAUUUCAAUUUGAUGGACCGCCACCCCAAGCUGGCACCAUAUAUGCAGGAGGAUGGUCGAUUACAGACGAUGCUAAGCUGGCCCUUGGUAACAGUACAACCUUCUAUCAAUGUCUUUCGGGUACCUUCUACAAUCUCUAUGACGAAAAAAUUGGCGAACAGUGUGAACCAGUCGAGUUGGACAUUGUAGACCUCAUAGAGUGUUAG